ACCGCGCUCUUCAACUUCCAAUCCCUCCUCCUAGUCAUCAUCCUCCUUGUCUGCACUUCGACACACGUACAUCAGAUCUUCCCCGCGAUCCUCGACCGGAACAAGGAUGGCUUGAUGGGCAUCUUCUGGAAGUGCGCGAGGAUAGGCGAGCGGUUGAGUCCGUAUGUUAGCAUAUGUUGUGUCCUCAUGGCGGUA